AUGGAUUUCUCGAAACUUCUAUCGAAAGAAAUUAAUAAGAAGAGAAAGAAUGUACAAACUAAAAAGAAUAAAGUUAAGAAAUCAAAACAACAAUCAGUUCCUGAUUCAAAUAACCAAGUGGAAAAGAAUCAUCCCUCGGUGGAAGUAGAAUCUCCUUCGAAGAUAGUUGAAGAACAGCCAAUUGCGUCCAACCAAGAACCAAAUACACGAAAUGAAACCCCAACGACUCCACGCAGUAAGGAUGAAACAGACAUCCCUGAAGAACAACUCAAUGCCAAACUAUCUCAAUUUGGUCAAUUAGACAAUUCCUUAUCAAAAGAAGAAAAAGUCAAUCAAUUACAGCUAUUAUUACAACAUGAAUCCAAAAAUACAAAAUAUAAACAAUGGUUAGAUCAAGAAGCUCCAUUAUAUCAAGAUCCUUCACAACAACUCAUAUCACUAGAUUUAAUCACUAAUCUUCAAAAACAUAAACAAGAAUUAUAUUUGAAAAUAAGAGUAUUCGUAAAAGAAUUAAUUAAACAAUGGGAAAAACAUCCUACCCCAGGCAAUAAUGAUGAAGCCAUAUUACAUGAGACUAAGCGUUAUAUAGUUAAAUUAUUAUAUAAAUUAAGAACUCAUAAAUUAAAUGAUGAUAUGUUAACUUCAUUAUCAACAAUAAUUUAUUAUAUUCAACAACAAGAUUAUAGAAAAGCAAAUGAAUCUUAUAUGAAAUUAAGUAUUGGGAAUGUUGCUUGGCCAAUUGGAGUUUUAAAUGUUGGUAUUCAUGCAAGAAGUAGUGCACUGAGAAUUACUGGUGAGAAGAAAUCAGCUAAUAUUAUGAUUGAUGAAAAGACAAGAAGAUGGAUUACGAGUGUUAAGAGAUUAAUAACUGCCAUGGAACGAAUAAAUAGUGUUGGAGAGAACAGUAUAUAG